GUUAAUAAUAAUCAUUUGAAUUGUUUUUAAUUUUAUUAGAAAUUUAGUGUUUGUUAAUAAAGUAGAAAAUGUUUGCGUUAAAUGUAGUAAUAAUUUUGGGCUCAAUUUGUUUAGCCGUAUAUUUAUAUUUGAGCCGUAAUUUCAAAUACUGGACAUCUCGAGGAAUUGAUGGCCCAAAACCUGUCAUAUUCUUUGGCACAAUAUAUCAACAAUUCUUCAAAUCAUUCCCAGAGCUCACGAUUCACAACACCGACACAUAUGGAAAGAUUCACGGACAAUUUAUGGGUACUGAGCCUAUACUAGUGGUGGCGGAGCCGGAGCUCGUCAACAAGAUAUUGGUCACAGAUUUUCAUAAAUUCUCGGAUCGACACAACUUUCUAACCGGUGAUCCCAUUAAUGAUCGCUCGCUGUUUAACGUCAAUGGAAACGAUUGGAAAUUAUUGCGAUCAAUAAUAAGCCCGACGUUUUCGAGUGGAAAAAUGCGUUCAAUGCAUACCAUUAUAAUUGAAUGCGUGAAGAGAUUGGAGGAAGAGUUCACGAAGAAGACAAUGAAUGGACACAAGAAUGAGUUGGAAGUGAAGAAACUGUUUGGAGGGCUGACUAUGGAUGUGAUCGCUUCGUGCGCUUUCGGCACCAAAACAGACACUUAUAAUGAGACCGAAAAAAGUGAAUUCAUUGUCUGCGCGGAGAAAGUGUUUCGCCAUAAUUGGCGAGUAUUUCUCUUCUUCCUGUUGAUGAAGACAUUCCCGAAAGUACUCGAGUGGACACAAUUCAAUGAAUUCAUUGUCUGCGCGGAGAAAGUGUUUCGCCAUAAUUGGCGAGUAUUUCUCUUCUUCCUGUUGAUGAAGACAUUCCCGAAAGUACUCGAGUGGACACAAUUCAAGUCAACUGAUCCUAAAGUGGAGAACUUCUUUCGCUCAGCGCUCACAUCUAUGAUAGCGAACCGCAAAUCGAUGGCUAAUAGGAGUAAACACAACGAUUACUUACAACUGAUGGUAAAUGCGUUGAAUAAGACGGCGGACAACAACAGCCACAUCACCGGCAACUCGGCUGAAGAACCGGACGAUACGGAACGCAUUUACGGACAGAGAGAUGAAAAACCAAUGAAUUCAAUAAAACUAAAGGGAGAGCUGACAGAGGAUGACAUUCUCGCCAAUACAGUCCUAUUCCUUGUGGCCGGUUAUGAGACGACGGCAUCACUUCUCUCAUAUCUGUCCUAUUCGUUGGCAUUGAAUUAUAAAUGUCAGCAAAAACUGUACGAAGAAGUCAUGUCUUUCGACGGAAAGUACGAUUACGAGAGUAUAGCAAAAAUGCCGUAUUUGGAGGCCUGUGUCGCAGAAACACUCAGACUUUACAACCCGUUAGUCGUGUUAUUCCGGAUGGCAAACGAGGAUUAUAAACUAGGUGACACCGGGAUCACAAUCCCAAAGGGCAUGAUGGUCAAUCUGGACGUGCAAAGUAUACACCGAAACGCCGACUAUUACCCGAACCCCGACCGCUGGGAUCCCGAAAGGUUUUUGCCCGAAAAUCGCGACCAAUUAGCGCCGCACUCAUACAUGCCGUUCGGAAUCGGACCCCGAAAUUGUGUGGGAAUGAGGUUCGGUCUGAUGGAGGCCAAGACAGCCGUCGUAUGUUUGGUACAAAAGUUCAGAUUCACCCGAAGUGUCAGCACUUGUGUCCCACUAAUCCCUAAGAAACACGAAUUCAUACUAAACUGUGGAGAAAUCAAUAUCGGAGUGGAAUUAAGAAAAUAAAUUAAUGAAUUCCCACUCAAUAGAGAAGC